AUGACAGAUAUAUUAUCUCUAUCAUCUUUAUCUAUAGAUAAAUAUAAAGAAUUGAUUAGUGUUGGUGUAAAAUCAAUACUAUCAAGAACAUAUAGUAAAUAUGAUAAGAUAUUGUUUGUUGGUUCAUUAGCUUUACCUUUUUUAGUCAAUUUACCAAUUUAUGGAAUAGUACCAAAUGAAAGAGAUAAAAGGGUUGAAUCAUUUUAUGAAAGUGCAAUUGAAAAGAUUACACUUGCAUAUGACGAAAUUAGUGCUGAUUAUAUGGUAGAAUCGCAAGAUAUAAGAGAAAUGGCAAACAUUGCUGAAAAGUGUAACAAGUUGUGUAGAAUAUUGGCAAAGAGAGAGGUAGUACAGAUGUUGUUGGGGAUCAUUAACGGCGCCGAGGAAAUAUGGGAAACUAGUUAUAGUCAUCAAAUACCUCUAUCUGAAGAAGCCACUGUACAAUUAUAUAAUCGUUUGGAAAAUGAUAAUAUAAUGAUUGAUUGUACUGAUUUAUUAAAUCAUAUUUUACCUUUUGUUCAAGAUAUACCAUAUGAAUUAUUUUUUAAAGUAAUUAGUUUUUAUGUAACAUCACCAUCAAGUUAUCAAUUGACAUGUGCAGCAUUGAAAACAAUGACAUUGAGAAAAGAGACUAUACUACCAUUUAUCAAUGAUGGAAUGUUGAAUAUAGUUAGACUCUAUAUCAGCUAUGAACUCAAAUCUGAAUAUUCAUUGUUACGAGACUAUUGGUUACAAAUUGCUCGGAUCAUUUACAAAGAUCGUAAACUUUUUAGAUCAUUGUUGGUAGAAGAUCGACGAUUUGUAGAGGAAUACUAUGAAAUGGGUAGAUUUAAAUUAUGGUUACCACAAGAUUUUCGUGUACCACCUCAUAAUAUGUUGUAUGAAAUAGUGUCCGAUGGAUUUGGGUAUUAUCUUGGUUGGGUAAACAAGACUGGUUUAUUGGUUGAUAAUAUCAUUGCAAAUAAUACAUUUUCAGAUUGGAUCUAUCGACGAUUAGAUUCUACACUAUCAAGAUACCUAUAUUGUUCGAUAUUUGCAUCAUCAUUUUCACUCUAUUUCACAUUUCUACUCCCACCCAAAGGAAAGAUUUAUUACAUUGCAUCAGCUGUCACUUCACUGGCUAUUUAUAAAUAUAAAGAAUUGAUUAGUAUUGGUUUAAAAUCAAUACAAUCGUAUAGUAAAUAUGAUAAGAUAUUGUUUGUUGGUUCAUUAGCUAUACCUUUUUUAAUCAAUUUUUCUGAUAUAUUACCAAACAAUUGUGUAGAAUAUUGGCACAGAAAACAAAGUCAACAAGUACCUCUAUCUGGACAUAGUAUUCAUCUAUUAUAUACUACUAUUGAUAAUCAUUCAAUCAUGUCAUGUUGUACUAAUUUAUUAAAUCAUAUCUUUCCUUGGUUAAAUGUUAUAGAAUAUAGUGAUAUCAUUUAUAAAACCAUUUAUCGUCAAUUAAAAUUACCAACGGGUUAUAAAUUGACAUGUACAGUAUUUAAAUCAAUGAUUUUGAAACCUGAAACGAUUCAACCAUUUAUCAAUGUUGGAAUGAUUAAAAUUGUUAGAUUUUAUUUAACCAAUCAAUUCAAAUCCGAGUAUACAUUGCUACUCGAUUAUUGGUUACAAAUUGCCAAAAAUACUAUCCUUGGACGAUUAGAUUCUACCAUUUCAAGAAACUUGGAUUGUUCAAUGCAUGUAUCAACAUUGGCACUCUGUUUCACAUUUAUACUUCCACCAAAAGGAAAGAUAUAUUACAUUGCAUGGUGUGUCACAUCAACAACCCUUUAUAGUAAAGAUGAUCAUGUGCACUCAUUUCAUUUUUUAGAGUCAAGAGAGAUGACAGAAGAUAUAUCAUCUUUAUCUAUAGAUAAAUAUAAAGAAUUGAUUAGUAUUGGAUUAAAAUCAAUACUAUCAACAACAUAUAUACCAAUUUAUGGAAUAUUACCAAACAAUCAAGAUAAAAGGAUUGAAUCAUUUUAUAAUCAUGGUAUUGAAAAGAUCCUAAAUGUUUAUAGUGAAAUUGAAACAAAUCAUAGGAUAGUGGUAACUCAAGAUAUUAGAGAUAUGGCAACAUUGACUGAAAAGAAUAACAAAUUGUGUAGAAUACUGGCUCAGAGAGAUAUAGUAUUCAUGUUGUUGAGAAUCAUUCUAGGUGCAAACCAAAUUUGGGAAAAUGGUUAUAGUCAUCAAGCACCUCUAUCUGAAUAUACUAUUCAUCAAAUUUAUACUCAUUUGGAGAAUGAUAAUAUGGUUUUAGAUUGUACUGAUUUAUUAAAUAAUAUUUUACCUUUUCUCCAAGAUAUACCAUUUGAAUUAUUUUAUAAAGUAAUUUAUUAUCAUUCAUUGUCACCAACAAGUUAUAAAUUGACUUUGGCGGUAUUGAGAACAAUGACAUUGAAACCAGAGACGAUUCCACCAUUUGUAAUAGUUGGUAUGGUUGAUAUUGUUAGAGUGUAUCUUCAAAACGAGGUCAAAUCUGAAUAUUCACAAUUACGUGAUUAUUGGGUACAAAUUGCACGAGUACUAUACAAGGAUGAACAUUUUGAACAAUUACCACUAGUCUAUCAAUCAUUGAUAGAGGAAUAUUAUAAAAAAGGUAGAUUUAAAUCAUGGAUUCCAAAAGAAUUACGCCUCCCACCAAUUGGUACAUUACAUGAAACCAUAACUGAUGUGUUUGGAUAUUAUCAAGGUUGGUUAAAUGGUACUACAAUAUUGGUUGAUUAUAUCUUUUCAAAUAGUAUAUUUUCAGAUACUAUCUAUCGUAGAUUAGAUUCUACGUUGGUUAGAUACUUGACAUGUUCAUUGUUUACAUCAUCAUUGUCAUUUUAUUUUACAAUGCUUCUUCCACGUAAAGGAAAGAUUUUUUACAUCUCGUCUGGUAUCAUUUCAAUACUAAUAAGUUUUUACCAAGAUAAAUUAAUUGCUAAUCAAAAAACAAGUGGUACACUUUACAAAUCUUUUAAAGAAUGCUUUCAAACUCCUGUCAAUCAAAAUGAUAGAUUUUUUGAAUCAACUAAAAUCAUAAAUAUUAAUAAUAAAUCAGAUAUUUUAAAUUAUCGAUUUUAA